AUGUCAGCAGCAACAGGCCAUGUGGCGGGGAUGGGUUCAGUUGCCAGCUCUCCGAGGGAUGCCAUUAGCGGGUUGAAAGCCAACGUUAUGGUUUGUGCACGUGUGCGACCACUGUUCGGGUGUGGGGCGGAAGGGACAUCACAGUGCGUAAUCACAGCUGCUGAUAAGAAGAGGAUAGUAUUGGAAGACCCUCGUCAUCGAGAGCUGCCGAAGGAAUUUCCAUUCGAUCACGUCUUUGACUCUUCUGUGACAACCUCGACCAUAUUCAAGACGCACGUCGCUCGAGGAAUCGAUGCCGCGGUUCUAUCUCACGUCCCCUGCACAGUUUUCGCACAUGGAGCAAGCGGCAGUGGGAAGACCUUCACUAUGCAGGGCAUAGAAGGUCAACCCGCUGAGCCAGUUGUUAGCGGAAACGAGACCGGCCUGAUUCCUAUGUGCGUGGAGCGGAUCUUCAAACGAGUUACAAGUGAUAUGAUGGUGACGAUGUCUGUCUUUGAAAUCUAUCAGGAGAAGGUUCGAGAUCUCCUCGCUCAAAGUACGGAUCAACAACAUGCAGGUCCCGGUGGAGGAGGUCGCAGAGGUGUUGGGAGCGGUAGUCAACCCGCGUUGCUGGAUAGAGACGGGGGUUUCCGAGAUUUGAAGAUGCUUGAGGAUAGUCUCGGGCAGGUGACCAUCAUGGGUCUUGUCGAGCGAGAAGUGACAAGCUCCGGCGAGCUUCUCCAGGCGUAUGAGGGGGCUAUCAGUCUGAGAGCCGUCGGUAGCACCGCUAUCAACCAGCAGAGUUCACGGAGUCACUGCACACUCCAGAUACAGGUCCAAAAAAGGCAACGCAACGCACCUGCAGGUGCUCCAGUAGCAUCUUCCGGAAGAGGACGGAGGUCGGGUCUGUCUUUCCAUGAGCAGAAGAAAGUCGUGCCGAUGGGUCGAAUCAUGCUGGUGGACCUCGCUGGCCUUGAGGACAAUCGUGUGACAGGAAAUGUCGGCGGAGCUCUGAGAGAGUCUACAGCGAUCAAUACAAGUCACUUUGCGCUCGCCCGAAUGCUCUGGGCCCUCAAGAAAAAUAGAAAUGUGCCCUACCGUAAUUCAAAGCUAACGAGGCUCUUUCAAAACUCGAUGGAACCCAGCAUUCCUUUGCCGGCGCCUCCCAUGGUGUUAAUGUUGGUAACGGUGAGUCCCGCUACUAAGCGUUUCCAGGCGACUUACAACACUUUCUCGGCGAUACAGAUAGACUACAAGACGAUCUCGGCCGAGGAGUGCGAGGGCAUAAGGGAGGAGGCGGUGGCAGCUGUGGCUCGAGACCGAGAGAUGAUCGACGUUGAUGAUGACGAUGAUGUGGAUGCCAUGUCGGUCACUUAUGAAGGGUGA